AUGUCAAAAAAACAAACGGUUAAAAAACCAAUAGUACCAGCAAUGUUUACAAAAAAUCCUCCUCCUACUUCAACAACAACAACAGAGAAAGAAGAUAAAUCAAAAAAUGAUCGACUUAUUCCAUGGGUUGAAAAAUAUCGACCAAAAAAAGUUAGUGAUGUUGCUUAUCAAGAUGAAGUUGUUGCAGUACUUACAAAAUGUUUAGCUGGUAGUGAUUUUCCUAAUUUGUUAUUUUAUGGACCACCAGGUACUGGAAAAACAAGUACUAUUUUAGCAGCAGCUCAUGAACUAUUUGGACCUCAAUUAUUUCGUGAUCGAGUUAUGGAAUUGAAUUCAUCUGAUGAACGUGGUAUUAAUGUUAUACGUGAAAAAGUUAAAAAAUUUGCACAAUUUUCAGUUAUUACAACACGUUCUGAUGGUAUGUAUUGUCCACCAUUUAAAUUGGUUAUUCUUGAUGAAUGUGAUUCAAUGACAAAAGCAGCUCAAGCAGCUCUUCGUCGAACAAUGGAACGUGAAUCUAAAACAACAAGAUUUUGUUUAAUUUGUAAUUAUAUUAGCCGAAUAAUCGAUCCAAUAACAAGUCGUUGUGCAAAAUUUCGUUUUAAACCAUUAAAAGAUAGUAUUAUUGAAAAACGUUUACAGACUAUUUGUAAUAAUGAAAAUGUUCAAUAUGAACCAGAGGCAAUAAUUGAAUUAGUGAAAUGUACUGAAGGUGAUAUGCGUAAAGCAGUAACAUUUUUACAAAGUGUUGCUCGUUUUCGUACAAAUAUGACAAUAACAGUAGCUGAUGUACAUGAAAUAACUGGUAUUAUUCCAGAGAGUGUUAUUGAAAAUCUUUAUCAAGUAUGUCAUUCUGGUUCAUAUGAAAAAUUGGCAACAACAGUUAAGAAUGUAUUAUUAGAAGGUUAUGCAGCUCAUCAAUUAUUAUUACAAUUACAUGAUUAUAUUUUGGGACAAAUGGCAUUAGGUAAUGAACAAAAAGCAAUUAUUUUUGAAAAAGCAGCUAUUGUGGAUGGAUGUUUACUUGAUGGAGCUGAUGAAUAUUUACAAAUGAUGGAUUUUCUUUGUACGGUGAUGCAUCAAUUAUGUCGAUCAUAA